AUGGCGACCGCUAGAGACGAUGGUCGUUUCAAUCCCAGUCCUGCGCUCGCGCGCGACGUCGAGGCGUCGGGCGCGCGAUAUCCACCGGUUAAAGUUCGCGCGGCCUCGCUGGGAACCGUCAAGGCGCGCGCGCUGCAUCACCAAGCCACGGAAGAAAUGGUGCGAGAUUUGUUAAAGUACGACGAAGUGCCGGGAAUAACGAACAUGUCGCACGUCGCUUUGCCCCCGGGCACCGUUAUCGAUCGUCACGUCCAUCCGAGCAAGUACGAGGUAUUCUUCGUGCAAAGCGGACGAGGUGCGUUCAAGGUGUGGAGACGCAAAGCGAGCGAAGCGGAAGAGGCGCGAGAAGAAAUUGACCUCAGACCUGGUGUGAGCGUAUACGUUGGACCGGAAGAACCUCACGAGAUUAUCCCGCAUGGUGAGGACGAGCCGUUGAUGAUGUUGUACUUUGGCGUCGUAGCGCCAGAACCUUGA